AGGAAGCAGCCAGCUGCUACUCGAUCAGCCGGAGUGUGACUGAUCAGCCCUUUCUUUCUUUCUUUUGCCCAGGUCACCACGGCAAGAUGUCUUCGUUCGAGUCUGUGGUUGUGAUCGAUGGCAAGGGCCACCUGCUUGGCCGCCUGGCCAGCAUCGUCGCCAAGCAGCUGCUCAACGGCCAGAAGAUCGUCGUCGUCCGUUGCGAGGCCCUCAACAUCUCCGGCGAGUUCUUCCGCGCGAAGCUCAAGUACCACGCGUACCUUCGCAAGAUGACCCGCUACAACCCCACGCGCGGCGGUCCCUUCCACUUCCGCGCUCCCUCCCGCAUCUUCUACAAGGCCGUCCGCGGCAUGAUCCCCCACAAGACCGCCCGCGGUGCCGCCGCCCUUGAGCGCCUCAAGGUGUUCGAGGGUGUCCCGCCCCCGUACGACAAGAAGAAGAAGAUGGUUGUUCCUCAGGCCCUCCGUGUCCUGAGGCUGCAGCCUGGUCGCAAGUACUGCACCGUCGGCCGCCUCAGCCACGAGGUUGGCUGGAAGUACCAGGACGUUGUUGAGAGACUGGAGGAGAGGCGCAAGGCGAAGGGCACUGCCUACUACGAGCGCAAGAAGCUGGCCGCGAGGCAGCUCUCCGAGGCGAAGAAGACGGCGCAGGUCGACACGAAGACGGCGGAGGCCCUCGCGGCCUACGGCUACUAAACAUAGUGGCCAAACUCGCACACCCUCCUUAUCCUUUAUGCGAUUUCACUCUAGAUUGGCGCGGCGGUUCAGGGCAUCAACUUCAUUUGCGUGGAUG